UCCUCGAUCGCGCGGCGGCCUAUUUCAUGGCCUCACCCUGCACCGCUCCACCCCACACAGCCCCUACGCCCUCGCAAGUUGCAACUCGGAAGCGCCGCCGCCAGUCCGCCGGAACCGACCUCGCCGAUCGAUUCGCUCCUUCUCCCACCAUCAAUGGCGCCCGCAAAGUCCUCUGUCUUGCUCGACGUGAAGCCGUGGGGCGACGAGACCGACAUGGCCAAGCUCGAGGAGGCCGUGCGUGGCGUGGCCAUGGAGGGACUCACCUGGGGCGCAUCCAAGCUCCUUACCGUCGGGUACGGGAUUAAGAAGAUGCAGAUCAUGCUCACCGUCGUCGACGACCUUGUCUCCGUCGACAGCCUCAUCGAGGACCACCUCUGCGCCGAGCCGCUCGACGAGUACGUGCAGAGCGCCGACAUUGUCAGCUUCAACAAGAUAUGAAAAUUCCUCGUCUCGUGCGCAAGCGGCCGAUGGCGGAAAGCAGCAGCACAAGAUCACCUAGUUUCGUUUUUUGAUUAUCGAGUUGUUCUUAGUAAUAGUUGGUCGUAGUUUUGUUGAUCUAGAUUUGUUGCAAUAAUAAGUAAAAAAAGAUUCGUUGCAAUACUGUAUCGCGG